GAGCUGUACAGCCAGUCAUAUGAUGAGAUUGGGGUGAUGUUCGCCUCCAUCCCCAACUUCUCUGACUUCUACACAGAGGAGAGCAUCAACAAUGGGGGGAUUGAGUGCCUCAGGUUCCUCAACGAAAUCAUCUCCGAUUUUGACAGUGUAAGAAGCUCAUAAAUCCAUAAUUUCGUUUUGUGAAUUGUAACAGUCAUGCAAAUGUUGAAACUAGCUUGCUAUAACAAUGGAAGUACUGUAUGUUAUGACUCCCUAUUCCCCAUGUAUUCCCACUAUAUAGGAAAUAAAGUUGCUGCCUAACACUUUGAGACUUGACCUUUCAAACCGUGACCUUUAACCUCUGACAGCUCCUGGACGAGUCUCAGUUCCGCUGCAUCACCAAGAUCAAAACCAUUGGCAGCACCUACAUGGCAGCGUCAGGGGUCACUCCCGACGUCAGCAACGGCUACGCCUGUCUGAAGGUUAGCUCAUUACCAUGGUCAUCAGCCACUGGGUCUGGGUCAGAGGAGGCUUAAACUAGCCAUGUAAACUCCUAUAGCAUCAGAUAAUCAUGUAAACUCCAAUAGCAUCAGAUAAACUUGUAAACUCCUAUAAUAUGACAUAAUCAUGUGAACUCCUAUAGUUAACAGCAGAUAACUCCUGAAUAACACUAAGCCAUGUAAACUCCUUACCAAAACUCCUGAUGAACUCAGUCUAGAGCAUCUUAUACUGUUUGUGGUAGCAGGUCAGAAAUGUAUUCAAGAGCUUUAGGACUGAUCUUCUACAGAGGAUAUGUUAAUUUUAUGGGUGAUGAUGAUCGUAGCGGUGGUGAUGAUCAAAUUAAUUCACUUAACUUGAUGAAGAUGGUUAAGGUAGAGUGAUCUGUUGUGCAGAAAGAGGAGCUGACUGACAGAGAGCGCUGGCAGCAUUUGGCAGAUCUGGCUGACUUUGCUCUGGCCAUGAAGGUCACGCUCAUGAACAUCAACUACCAGUCCUUCAACAACUUUAUGCUACGCAUAGGUCAGUGCUAACCUUCAGCCAUAUAUUUUAAGGUGAGAGGAGAAUGGAGAGCGUAUCCUAGUUUUGUACUGCAUGCAUAUCAUAUAUCCCAUACUUCCUCCUCUCCUCAGGUUUGAAUAAAGGGGGGGUGCUGGCUGGAGUUAUUGGAGCCCGGAAGCCUCACUAUGACAUCUGGGGCAACACUGUGAAUGUGGCCAGUCGCAUGGAGUCCACAGGGGUCAUGGGUAACGUCCAGGUAAGGCCUCUCCAUACAGGGUGCGAUGAGAUGCAGGAUGUGAUAAGUAGUGAGGUGAAAAUCCGUUAUAGCUGUAGCGCUGGCCUGUAAGAUCGUUGAUGUACCUGAUUUCUGGUGAGGACUGAGCAGGAGCACUUGAUAGCCUACAAUGAGUGAUAGUGGCAUUGCAGUCACCUGCAAGAUCUCAAAACCAGAUAUAGCAAACUGAUACCCGACCGUGCAGUCAAUGAUGUGGCAUGCAACCAUUGGUUGACUGCAAUGUAGUUACCCUGGAAUGCAGGCAUUUUCUCCCAGAUGGCUAUAAUAACACAAGAAUAAUCUUACUUUGUUUGAUUACUAUUUAGAUUGUGGGGUUUUACAUCAGGGAAUAGCUUUAAGUGGAUUACCAAAUCUGGGCAGAAAACACAUAAGUGUGCAUGCUGAGAUUAAUCACCUAAAAUUCAAUGUGAUUCUGCUGCCACCAGGUGGUGGAAGAUUGCUACCACAUCUUGAAGGAGUACGGAUUCCGUUUUGUGAGGAGGGGACCCAUCUUUGUGAAGGGGAAAGGAGAGCUGCUCACCUACUUUCUGAAGGGUCGAGAAAAACAGGGCUCCUUCAUCAACGGCUCCUCGGUCACCCUGCCACACCAAGUGGUGGACAACUCCUGA